GUUUAGAACUAGGUACAAAUUACCACUAAUGAAGAGCCCCUGGAGAUUGUGACUGGGUCAAGUUGAAUCUACGGAUCAGUUUUGGGAGAAUGCCCAAGAACACUAAUCAAGACAGGGUGGUGUUGGUAUAAAAACAGACAAUAGAUCAAUGGAACAGAACGAGAGUCUGGAAAUGGGAUCAAAGGGAAAAUGGCUUUUGUGGUCUUCUAGCUUCUAACAGGAAGUAAAAUUCCCCAAACUUUUACUCUUAACCAAAGGCUGUUAUUCAUGUCAUGAGAUCCUUUGAUUCUCACAAGAAUCCCGAUGAGAUAGUCACGUCCUAAUUGUAUAGCUAGAUGAGAAUUGGAGCUUGUCUAGAAUAGAAGGAGUAGAACAUCAUCUGUGAGAUACCAUUUGAGAGCCCAUAGGAAUAUUGCCAAAUUCCUGGGCAGCUCCCCCCUGAAAAGGACUCCUGUUAUACGCGAAAUCCUAUCAACUAACAGACAAUGAGCUACUGAAGUCUGUCUUCUCCUUUCACUGUAAGCUUCUUAAAAACUGAGACCAACAUGAUAAAGAUUUUUUUUUCAACUUCCAGUGUUUAGCAAAAUGCCUAGAUAUAUUAGGUUAGAUCAGGCUAUGGCAUAGUAAAAAUAAACCUUGAAAACAUAGCGGGUUAACAUACAAAUAUUUAUUUCUUGCUCAUACAAAAUCAGCUGAUCUCCAGGGCUACUCUUUUCCAAAAGGCAAUUUGGGGAUCUCAGCUGCCUUUAUCAUACAGCUCUGCCUUCUGGGGGACUGGAAGGCUGUGCAGAUGAGGAGACAACAAUGGAAUGUCAUAGAGCAGCUCUUGGAUUCUUUGCCCAGAAUUAACGCAUGUCCCUCCCACUCUCAGCCCACUGGCCGGAGCUAGUCCUGUAAGCAACUGGGAGAUGCUGGAGAGCACAUGGCAGGCAGUAAAUGCCUCUGCCGUCCUGGCUGAGAAUGUGUGCCAAUACACCUUGUUAAAGAAACUAAUGGGUAAACCUGACAAAGGGUUUAAAUUACACUAUGACAGAAUGACUCGAAUGCUGAAGUGGCUUUCAACUUCCAGAGCCUCAGGUGAAAUGAACAUGUCACCAACCGGAGGAAAAAUGAAGAAGGAUCUGCCUUUUACUGACCAUCUAGUCUAUACAAGUCACUGUUCUAGACACUUGAUAGGGUCCAUAGUGUUUAGUCCUCAGGAUGGCCCUAUGGGACAGAUGUUAAUAUUCUCUUUGCACAAAUAAAUUUUGCAUGGAGCCACGAUGAGCAGGUGGCAGAGCUGAGACUGGAGCCCAUGCGUGCCAAAUGUCGAAGCCUACAAGGGAGUUGAUUUCCUCUACUCCACUGACUCCCUUGGCCGUGAGCGCCUUAUAGAGCAGUGUAGGAGCAGGAGCGAUGGCCUUCAGAAACGCAGUCUGGGGCAGGUUCCCCAGGGAGAGAGGCCAGGAGGAAGGCAAGGAGUGACAAGGCUGCACUCUGCAGCUGGGCUCCCCCAUCCCCCACAGCUCUGCCUUCUCCUCUGUCUCCUGCCACCACUCAGUGACUGCCACUGAGAGGUACAGCUUCCCCAAGGCCCGGAGUCAGCGGUGAGCAGAGCAGAGGUCAGCGCCUGUUCUGGACCUUUGUAUGCUUCUGACAUCUCUUUCUAUUCUUGUUGCACAAAGAGGCAGGGCCAGUGAUCUCACAGUGCCACACAGGACACCUUUCCCAAUGGCCUGGAUUUUGUGACAACUGGCCAAGCUCAUUUUAUGCAGCUCUCUGACCCUACAGGACAGAGACUCAAAUAUCUGCUCCGUGCCGCUAACACUCCAUACUGGCCCAAGGACAUCGGAAACAAAUUGGAAGGAUUCCAGGUCCAGAAAUGGCCUUGGUAUGUCUGACAGACUUCCAGGCGCAGGCCCGAGAGAGGCUCUCUAAGUCGUCUUGGGAUUUUAUCGAAGGAGGAGCUGACGACUGCAUCACGCGGGAUGACAACAUCGCAGCGUUCAAAAAAAUCCGCCUCCGUCCCCGGUACCUGAGAGAUGUGUCGGAGGUAGACACCAGGACCACAAUCCAAGGGGAGGAGAUCAGUGCCCCAAUUGGCAUCUCCCCAUCAGGGUUCCAGUGCCUGGCCUGGCCUGAUGGGGAAAUGAGCACAGCAAGAGCCGCCCAAGCAGCCAAGGUCUGCUACAUCACCAGCACGUACUCCAGCUGUGACUUUGAAGAUAUUGUUGCUGCUGCUCCAAGAGGCCUCCGGUGGUUCCAGCUCUAUGUGCAACCAGACCAGCAGCUGAACAAACAGCUGGUCCAGAGGGCAGAAUGCCUGGGUUUCAAAGCUUUGGUAAUCACAGUGGAUACACCCAUACCUGGCAACAGGCGACAUGAUGUUCGAAAUCAACUGGACUUGCAAAAGAACUUAAUGCUAAAAGAUCUUCGAUUACCUAAAGAGAGAAAUUCAAUACCUAGUCUCCAGACAUCUGGCAUUAGCAAAUCUCUCUGCUGGGAUGACAUCUCCUGGUUUCAGAGCAUAACCCGAUUGCCCAUCAUCCUUAAAGGGAUUUUGACAAAGGAGGAUGCAGAGUUAGCUGUGAAGCACAAUGUCCAUGGCAUCAUUGUUUCCAACCACGGUGGGAGGCAACUUGAUGAGGUUCCCUCUACAAUCGAUGCUUUGAUGGAAGUGGUGGCCGCCGUGAACGGGAAAAUGGAAGUGUACCUGGAUGGUGGCAUCCGAACUGGCAACGACGUGCUGAAGGCUCUGGCCCUGGGGGCUAAGUGCAUCUUCCUUGGGAGACCGAUCCUAUGGGGUCUUGCCUGCAAGGGUGAAGAUGGUGUUAGAGAAAUUUUAAACAUUUUAAAAAAUGAGUUCCACGCUUCCAUGACCCUUGCAGGCUGCCGGUCGAUUGCUGAGAUCAGUCAGGACCUGAUCCAGUUCUCUAGAUUGUAAGAGCUAAUAACCAGACUGCUGAGGUCGCUCACAGGAGGAAGACAAACUCACAGCAUGGUGUGCAAUACCACCCUGCCUGGACCCAUCCUAUGAAGCGGCUCAUGCCUUAUGCCCUCAAACCCUCCACCCCGGUGCUUCAGGCCCUCCAAACCCAUCUUCCUCAAAUAUCCCAGGUUCUUCUUUGCUUUGCUGACUUGUAUGUGUUGUUCUCUUGCCUAAAAUCCUCCUCUGAAAUAAAAGAUCUCAAAAGGGCAGAUCAACAGUGGCUGAAACACCUAUUGGGUUAUAUUAUUUACAUCCCCUACGUAUCUCUUUGAAAUAGCUAUGGACCUUUGCACUCUAGACAGAAGAGCUAUGUAUAUAAAACAUUCCUCAACAAUGUAUCUAUCUAUCAAACAUCUCUAUCUAUCAAACAGUGAAGCAUAGGCCAACCAGAUGAAAGGAAAGGAAAGCUAGUGUAGUUAGAAUACUUAGAAGAGUAAUGAAUAUUUUGCAGAACGCUGAUCUUUGAAAAGAGGCUCAGGAGCCUAAGUUUGAUGUCCUUGUUAAUGGGUUGGUAAAAGGAAAAGGGAUCCCAGUGUCGGACCCUAACACUUUAUUCAGGUCUCAAGUUGGUCCCUGCAUUGGUGGACUGAUAGUUUGAGGCCAAGGAAAGGUCUUUAAUUUAGUUAGCAGCAAGGAUAGAGUACUUGUGCUGAAAGUUUAGGGACAUACUGAGAAAGUGCCAUAUCUAGGGACAACUGUUCAGCUGACACAGCAGUCACAGCUGCGUUGUGGGAUAGGAGGCCUACAUGACCAUGGGCCUCGAAGAUGACCUUCAGCACACUGAUUGACUAGCAACAUAUGUCUUGGAAAAGAUGGAAGCUUCAUGUCUUGGUCUGUUUGUGCUGCUGUGACAAAAUAUCUGAGACUUAAAUGAGCACAUACUUUUAGCUGUGCUCCCUCCUAAAUGCCACCAACAUAUCAAGAAAGGUGUUUUAAAAUAUAUAUAUAAAAAAAAUCUGAGACUGGGAAAUUCAC